CUCCGAUACUACACGAAUCAACUCAGAGAGAAAAGAAGGAUAGGCAAAGAUGAAAUGGAACCUGCUAGAAUUCAUAUGAAUAUCAUAUGCCCACCUACUGUUAAAGAAUUUAACUUAAGAGAGUAUAGGAUAGGGAUUAAAGGAGUAAUUAAAUCAGCUGCCAAGAGAAGGUUGAAGAAAAUCAAUUGUGUACCUGAAUUGCUCCCUUAUGAGUGGCACGGGAAGAAAAAAGAAGAGCAAGACACUAGCGUGGCUGAAGAAAAUUCGCACCAGCUAACUCUCGGAGAUUUUCUGACACUCAAUCAGCCAUCGACCUCCUCUUGUACAACGAAAAGUUCUAACAGCAAGUCCGAAGUGACUCCUUCCUUUGAGAUUGUCGCCCUAAAACCUUCUGAUGUAACGGACAUUUCCUCUGCUACCAAUGCCCCCUGUAUAUUUGAAAUCAUUGAUGUUAAACUACACAAUUUGGAUGCUUUCGAUCUACAGGAAGAAAUCCCUCUGUUAGCUCCUCACUACUGCACUGUACAUUGGUUUGGACCACAGCUGGUGUCAGUUGCUAGUAAAAGAUCGAUAAAUCCAAGAUUUGUCCUCUUUUUUGAGGUUAUGAGAGAUAUGGGACUUCUCAGAGUAAGUAUUAAUACAAAUGCUCGAUUCCCAGCUCAGUUCAGCAAAAACGCUUUUGUAAAAAUGCUCGAAACACGAAGGAACUUCCCCUCAUUGUUUGACGAUUUGAUAGAAUUUAUAUUUCGUCUAGACCGGGCUAUCCCUGUACAGAAACCUCCUAGGUUCACAGCCUACAAAACCAAUUUUAUGCAAAAUGUAAAUAGUGCAAUGCUUACGACACCAGCUACCCGAUCUGACGAGUCUGAUCAGCUAGAUCUGUUGCGACGAUUCUACAAGAGUGAUACGUCCGACGCUGAGCCUAAAUCAAAAUUAACGACCACACCAGAAAAUUCUGCGCUUGAUCUUCUGUACGCAAUUCUACCUCUGCCCGUGAUGCUAUUGCUGUUAAAGAUCCCUGAAUAUGGCCCUCAUUUCACCUAUUGCGAUCAGAUGGAUAGAAGUGGAAAGUGGAGAUGCAGGGGUGUUUAUGACCAGACCGGUUUGAUACGUCCUGCAGAUUUUGGAGCUUGGCCUUAUACCCCAAGAUUUCGUAAGGAAUACCAUGCAAAUUUUGAAAAAUACGGAAAUCCUGUUCAGCCAGAGUACUUAGAGCAAAAAAAGCUGGUUAAGAAAUCUUAUGCUGAGAGUUGCGCAGAGGCACGCAGGCACAGAUUUGACAAAUCAAGAAGAAAUGACUAUAAAAAUGCCGUUAUAGAGAAAUUCACAAUGGAAACGGAACAAAGCGAAGUGAUCGAUAUGAGGAAAACGGUAUUACUGCUAGUUGAACAUUGCAUGGCGUGGCUUUAUCUUCAUCGUCAUAACAACCAAGAUUUCCGGCAUACAAAGAAAAUGGUUCUACAAUUAUUCGAUCAAUUUAUUAGGUUUCAAGCUGGAAUUUUAAAUCCAGGGUGUGGUCAAAAAGCUCGCGCUAUGGAAGUGCGCAAUUUGUUAGACAUUGUGAUCAACUUAUUUCGGAAAAAUAUCUCUUUUGGUGAACUAAGAGCAUUGGACUGA